AUGUCGCGCUCCUUCUAUGUCGACUCGCUCAUCAUCAAGGACUCCUCACGGCCCGCGCCCUCGCUUCCUGAGCCGCACCCCGGGCCAGAUUUCUUCAUCCCGCUGGGCAUGCCAUCCCCGUUGGUGAUGUCCGUGUCCGGGACGGGCUGCCCGUCCCGCAAGAGCGGUGCGUUCUGCGUUUGCCCGCUCUGCGUCACUUCGCACCUGCACUCCCCUCGGGGGCCCGCGAGCUCCAACUGCGGGAGCGCAGGGACCGGGAGUGCCGGGGCCGGGGGUGGCGGGGCGGCGGCAGCCGCCGGGGCGUUGCCCCUGCUCAAGAGUCAGUUCUCUUCGGGUCCUGGGGACGCACAAUUUUGCCCGCGUGUGAGCCACGCGCACCAUCACCACCACCCUCCGCAGCACCACCAUCACCACCACCAGCCCCAGCAGCCCGGCGCUGCAGCGGCGGCGGCUGCGGCGGCUGCGGCGGCGGCGGCCGCGGCGGCCUUGGGGCACCCGCAGCACCACGCACCUGUCUGCACCGCCACCACCUACAACGUGGCGGACCCGCGGAGAUUCCACUGCCUCACCAUGGGGGGUUCGGAGGCCAGCCAGGUACCCAAUGGCAAGAGGAUGAGGACGGCGUUCACUAGCACGCAGCUCCUGGAGCUGGAGCGGGAAUUCUCUUCCAAUAUGUACUUGUCUCGACUCCGGAGGAUCGAGAUCGCCACGUACCUGAACCUGUCAGAGAAGCAGGUGAAAAUCUGGUUUCAGAACCGCAGGGUGAAGCAUAAGAAGGAAGGGAAGGGCACACAGAGGAACAGCCACACGGGCUGCAAGUGCGUCGGCAGCCAGGCGCACUACGCGCGCUCAGAGGAUGAGGACUCCUUGUCGCCGGUCUCGGCCAACGAUGACAAGGAGAUUUCCCCAUUAUGAGGGAGGGCUGCCCCACCUCUCCCUACACGCUCCCGUAAUCCCCCCCCCACACACACACACACAACGCGACGCGGCAGGCACCCAGGGGCCAAAAUCCUUGGCCUUUCGGUUGUUCUGCCUGGAGAAGGUGGAGACAGGUAUUCUCGGGGGCUUACAUGACGGGCCUGUCACUUCCGUCUCCUACUUGAUCUAUUUGUUUGGGACUCCACUCGCAGUUACAGAUCAUUUUUUUAAAAUGUAAAUAAUCUAGAUUCAACUAAGUCUCGUCAUAUAACAAAGAAAAAAGGGUUGGUUUAAGUUUAAAACUGUAUGUGGGUUUUUGGAAGCGCAUGUCAUUUCCCUUUCCCUGUCUUUCAGAACCUGAUAAGAACACGGGGUUUCUUGAUUCUUUUUGUUUUGUUUUGUUUUU